AUGAUUGACGACAGAAAUGACCACAUGGAGACGCAGCCGUUUCUCGCGGGCGAGGAGCGCGACUCAAUUGACUCGAUUGACAUUGCCGAAGUUCCAGUAGGUCACGGCGCUGGACCGAGCACACAGCGCCCUUUGCCUCGACGUCGUGGGUUCCUGUCCCGUUACCAGGCGCAGAAGCCCACCACGAUACUCCCGCUUCUCGCCGUUCUCACCUUCGCCAUCGCCACCAGUGGCUUGAUGAUCAUGAUCCCCAUAUUCCGUCUCAUGGAGGACGCUAUUUGCCACGAUUAUUACCACAAGGAUCGCUCCGAGCCAAUCGAGGAGCGGCUAUGCAAAGUCGAGGCCGUCCAGAAGGAGCUGGCGUUCCUGGGCGGCUGGGGUGCAAUGCUCAAUUCACUUGUUGGCUUCAUCGCAGCGUUGCCAUACGGUGUGCUUGCGGAUAGAAUUGGUCGCAAACCAACCUUCAUUCUGUCAUACUGCGGAAUCUUGCUCGCUUUUGCGUGGGGCCCUCUACUGCUGGCCAUUGGCGAGACCCCUAAUCUUCAGCUAGUCAUUAUUGGUUCCCUGUUCUUCCUCUUGGGCGGCGGUGUCCCGGUAGCCUUGAACUCGCUGAACGCCAUGGCCUCUGAUGUCAGCUCAGAGAGCGACAGGGCGACGGGUCUGCUCUACGUCUCUUUCGGUGCCGUUUCAAGCGGGCUUGUAGGCCCCCUGAUGUCGGGCAUUUUGAUGGAAACCCUAGGACCUUGGGUUCCUAUCAUUGUCGUCUUCUCUGUUACCCCAAUCAUCUUCGUCCUGAUCUGUCUCAUCCCCGAGACGCUACCCAUCAAGCUGCGGCAGGCCACUCAACAAGAACAGCAAGAGCCAUUGCCAGUGAAGAUUCGGAAAGCAACCGAUGAACUGGGCAAAUCGGUUUCAUUGCUCAAGAACCCCAACAUCUCUCUGUCCCUGGUGCAUUUCUUCAUCGUACCCGCCUUGUUUGCAGCUUAUACGUCAACCCUGGCUCAGCACGUCAGCAACUACUUUGGGUGGAGUUUUGCGCAGACCAACUACCUCCUGUCGCCCUUGACCAUCCUUCAACUGGUCCUCAUCCUUCUACUCCCAAGGGUGUCAAGUCGUCUGACCAACCCAGCGGGGCGCUUUCGGCUUUCCCCCUUCACCAAAGACCUUUUGCUGACAGAAAUAUCGUUGGUGUUCGUCAUCGCGGGCGCGUUGCUAGAAGGAUUCAGCCGAGAGAUCGGCAUGUUCCUGGUCGGUCUCACAGUGGGAACCUUGGGGUCGUCCAGUGGACCGAUGUGCCGCGCGGUGGUGACGGCACACGUUGAGCCUGAGCAAACGUCUCGUCUGUAUGCCUUGAUCAGCAUGAUGGAGACCGGUGGGGCGGUGAUUGGCGGGCCUGUGCUGGCUUGGUGCUUCAACGUCGGAUUAUCUAGACGUGGAUUGUGGAUCGGCUUGCCAUGGUUCUACGUUGCGGGGCUCGUGUCCGUCGCUCUCACUGCGUUGAUGUUCGUAAGGCAGCCAAAAAAAGUUGUCUUGACGGACCCGGAAGAUGAGGUCGGCGGGGAUCAGGGUACUUCUGAUCUCGGGUACCAGUCAGCUGAGGAGCGAGUAUGA